UAGUAAUGGUCUCACGGGUUUUUUCUAGGUUCAGUUGAGCCUCUCCUCCCAUGCCCCCGAAGCCUGGCUUCCCCUAAGCAGCCUGUCCACUUGCCAUGGCCAGAGAUUGCCUGUGGCUGCUGUUAGCCUUGGUCCUGCCCACUGUGAGCCAAGGGAUACCAUGUCUGGAGGCCAGCAGUCCCUUUUUGCCUCCGGAGAAGGGAAAGACACAGCCCCCACUGCCCAAGGUCAGCGCUUGCAUGGUGCGUUGUGCUACGCAGGUUCUGCCCAGCUUGGGAGCUGGACUUGUCUCUGUGCUCUUUAACGAGGCCCAGGAAGCAGAGGAGCAGAAAUACUGCUGGCUGCAGAGACGUCGGGACUGUAAGACCAGAGAGCGCCUCACCAGGGUCUUUGUGCUGCUGGAUCUGAAGGGGCCCUCAGCCCCUCCCUAUGAGCUCCUGCCCACCACACCAGCCCUGUCCCCACCAAGCAGACGCCUGAGGCCUCGGAAGAAUGACCCAACCCUGCUCAGCCUGUCAAGCUGUGGGCUCCUCUAUGAUGUCACCAGGCCCUUCCGCAGCGCCCGGAGAGACGGCCAGUCCAAGGAGGCCGAGUUCUGCGUUAAAGCCGUGUGUCCUGCUAGCCAGCCUUCCUGCCAGCCCCUUCAGGGGGCCCUGAGCUGCCCCCCUUUCCUAGCCACGCUCUGGGGCAGCCGUCCUAGCACUAGGGAUUCCUUCUCCAUUCAGGCCAACCCGUCGCUCCCUGGGCAGGUCUGAACGGAUCACUGGACGUGGACUCUGCCACACAACCACAGAGACUCGGGGCGGCCAGGUCUGGGCUGAAGCUUUGCCUUCAUCCAUCCCACCUCUGGGUUUGGGGGUUAGUGAGGCAGCA